UUACGAGGAACAAUGAAUGCAGCAUUAUUUCCUGUUCCAAGGAUAUAUCGUCAGUACAAACCAAAGGCAGUUUAAUGCAUUUUAUGUUCAGGUAUUUGCUUGGCACUGUAUUUGAAAGUUGUUUCCCGAGCUAUGGUAGUAUAGAAAGGUUUCCAGCAAUGUUUUGGGAAUAUUUGGACGUGACUCGACGACUUGGAAAUUCAGCGGUCCCUACGAGCGAGUGAUAGACAUGGACAAUUCUGUCACCCUGUGGCAGUUCCUUCUCCAGCUCCUACUGGAUUCCAGUAAUGAGCAGCUGAUCUGCUGGACCAAUGAGGAAGGGGAGUUCAAGCUGCUGCAGGCAGAGGAGGUGGCCCGGCUGUGGGGUGCUCGUAAGAACAAGCCCAAUAUGAACUAUGACAAGCUCAGCAGGGCCCUCAGAUACUACUAUGAUAAGAACAUCAUUAAGAAAGUGAAUGGUCAGAAGUUUGUCUAUCGCUUUGUGUCCUAUCCUGACAUCCUAAAAGGAGAUGUUGCUACCCGAACAGAAGGUGGGGAUGUGGGUGCUGGGGGCAUUCCUUCCCUAACAAGGAGGGAGAGCAUUUUACAAGAGGGUGAGUCUGGUGACAGAGUCAAGGUAGGAGGUAGUACAGCAAUUCUGGGCUCAAGCACCAAGCAGUCAAACCGUAAUGACUACAUCCACUCUGGCCUGUACACCUCCUUCACACUCAACUCAUUGCAAAAUGGACGCCAGCUCUUCAAGUCCAUUAAAAUAGAGAACCCAGCAGAGAAGAUGGUAGACAAGAGGGGUCUCACUGCCACAGCUCAGAGCCAGGAAUCAUUGCCUCAGCCACAACAGCAAACUGCUUUGCCAUCCGUCAUCAAGUUUGGAAACACACCUCCGAAGCCAGCACCAGCACCACCUUCUCAGGUUGCCAUAGAACCGACCCUGAUGUCCAACCCCUUAGAUCCUCUGCAAGUUCCACCCCAGAGGGCAGAAGACAUCAACACACACUCCUCCCUGCCACCCCAGUCCGUCUACUCAUUUGAACACAUCCGCCCAUCAGAACCAACAUUCAGCUUACCAGACCUGACCUCAGCCAGCCCAUCCCCAAGCUUAGUGCCUGAGUCCUCCCAGGAGCUGGUGAUUGACAGUGACAUUGAGUCUGGAUCAUCUCAGCCUGCAGAUACUCAGGCACCAGAGCCUACAGAUGCUCAGGCACAGGAGAAGGUGGACAGUGGUAUCAGUCUGCCUGGAGAUGAGAUCAGUUUGGUGGACGCUGAGACCAGUUCAUCCUCAGUGAGCAGCAGCACCACAGUCAGCACUCAGAGCUCAGGAAAGACACGAAAGCCACCGAAAAUCCUGCAGAUCAGCCCACCAACUUUGCUGGUCACCACCUCUGAUUUUUCCCCCAUGAACCUCUGCAGCCCCUCACUACCUACUGCCUCUCUCACACCAGCAAUGCUUCAGACUCCCACUCUGUUGCUGACCCCCAGUCCUCUGCUGUCCAACAUCCACUUCUGGAGCACACUCAGUCCAGUGGCUCCACUCAGCCCAGCCACACGACGACAGGGAGCCCACCUGUUCCAAUUUCCGUCUGUCCUCACCCCCCAGUUCCAGAUCCCUGUACACAGUAUGGAUGGGACCAACACACCUGGCCCCAUUUCACCAGACCCUCAAAAGACAUAGGAUUAACCCCCCACAGCAUCACAUUUUGGACCCAGACAGCCAGACACUUUCCCCCCUCCAGCUCCAUCUCCUGCACCCACAUUCAGGACAGUAAUGUGGAAGCUCAGUCAUUGCCAUUCCCCUUUACUCUGGUGCUUUAAAGUUCGCUGCCACAGAAUUCACACUACAAUCUGCUGUGUGGAGGGAAGACCUUGAACGAUUUUGACAGUCCAGGUUUGAUGGAUGAGGGUAACACAUUCAGUUUGUUUCAUAGCUUUUGCACCCUGAGGUUGCUAUUCUGCACUCAUACAUACUGAUGCUGUUGUUCUGUAUGCACUUAGGAAUUCAUUUUGUCUGGCUUUUUGGGAUCCUCAUUCAUGUCACAACAAUUUGAAAAAGGGAGGAAUUUCCAUGGCAACAGUAUAUGCAUGUGGAUUGGACCCUCAGUAGACACAAUCUGCUUCAUACUUGGACACACAGACCAGUGCAAUUGCAGAUAUGUGAAUCUUUCCUUUUAUAGAAUCCCUGUCAUAUCUUGUCCAAAAGUGUUACUGCCAAAAAAGGAUACUUUUCCAUUUUCAGUUAUCAGUUCCUAACCAGCUUUCUCCCCUGCUGACAGCAGUUCUGUUCCUUUUUGUGCUUUGUCCUUAACCAGUACACUUGUUGAUGGGUAGCGCUUUAACCUGACAACUUGCAUGUUUACCUGCAACUGUUUUAUCUUCUACCUAGCUCUCAACCUGAACUUAAAUGCCAGGCCUUGCCUCAGCUGCUUCGAAAUGUUGGCUAAUUGGCCAUAUCCAACAGAACUUUUACCUUGACUGACUUAUUGUGACAUGGCCAUAAUAACCCAAGUUGAACCUUGAAUCAUGCCUCUAUGUAACUGUUCUUAUGUGUGUAUAUUAAAAGUAGAAAUAGCAGUGAAAGCCAGUGUGGCCUGGCCUGCCUCCCGCCGGUAAGCUUUCAUGUGGGAAUGAAAGAAUGUGAAGCCAUAACUCUCUCUGAGCAUUGACACUGCAGGCAACAACUCACAAAUCUUGUAUGUCUUACUGCUCUGAUGUUGCCUUUUGUAACUUAACUCUACAUUGUUAAAGGCAGCCAGACUUCAGUUAUUUUAGAGACAAUUAUUUUAAGUUUUUUUAAAUACAAGUUGUAGUGAAAUGGCAAAUUUUCAAUCAAUAGUGUGACAGUUUGGGAAAUACACUUUGUUUUGUGACCGGAAAUUAAACAAGAAGAUCGUUAUCGCUCUUAUGUCUGUAUGGUAAAUAUAUAACUGGAACCACCAGUCGGUUAACUUGGCUUUGCAGGACUGAAAUGGGGAAAGAGCUAGCCUACAGAAGGUAACAAUAUGUGCACCUCUUAACGUCACCAAUUAACACUUUAUAUCCUGUGUGCUUAAUACAUACAUAAACAAAAAUGUAAAACAUCAAUGCAAGCUUUAAGCUUUUCAGUAGCUGUCUCCCACUGUUUCUCUAUGUUUAUGGACUGCUGGCCCCAGAGGUGCGUUUACAGUGCAGACAUAAUGGGUAUCUAACUUUUGGUAAUAUAUAAGCAAGUGUAUUUCCCAACAUUUAUUUAAACCCAGAUUGAACCUCCAAAUCUUACAAGCUAGACUCUCAGUGUAGCAGUCUAGCUUUCACCUUUGCUUCAGCUUAGCAAUCUGAAAUACACCAACCUUUAAUCCUGAGGACUGUACAACCCUCUGGAACUUUAAGCACCUUCCUUUCCCCUAAAACCUGCUCCUCUAGAUUAUCAGCCAUGAAAGGUUUGCACCUGUUUUGUAUAUGACUUUGAAGCCAUAUGUCUGAAACACAGACUCCAGAGGUAGAUCCCACCUUUCUAUGCUAUUAAACACGGAUAUUGUACUUCACACUUGUUUACACAAUACUUAGAUAGGACACGCUAGUGUGCGUGUUUACCUAAGUGUCACUUUGUAACCCAGGGAUGGAUGACCAGCAAAUCUUGUACGGGGGAACUUGUGCUAGUUUUUAGUCAACUAACAGACAUUGCCCCCCAAACUGCAGUCCAUCACAUUGAUAUAUGGUGCCUUACCACAGCCAAGCCCAAGUUUCUCUCCCAUGUGUGGAGUUCUAUCAUUUAAAAAUUAGUAUAGAGCUAACAAUAUACGACAGCGUUCCUGUUUGUUUUAAUGCCAUAUCUUUGCAUAGACCAAACCAGAGCCCCAGGAGUUUGGAGUAAAACUUCAGAGGGGUGUUUUAUGUGAGCUUACUGCAGCUCAUAUGGUCUGCCACAGCUUCUGCACUGCAGGACCUUAAAAUGUGCCGCAGUGUUCGUCAGGUUGCAUUACUGUAAAUACAGACAGCAACAUGGGUUAAUAUGCAUAGCUUAUAAACUGAAUCAGGCCAUGUUUUAAGAUUUGGCAGCCAUAUCUCUUUCCAACCUGCUUAUAAAUGUUUGUGUUAACAGAUCUACUAGGAAAAAAUAUAUAAAUAUAUAUAUAAAACCUGAUUAUCAUUUUUGUGUAAACUCUUUAUUUUCCUGUAACACCAAUAGAAUUUUAAGAUUAAUUUCUAUUUUUGUAACGGCCAGAUAGUUAGAUGUCUGCUAUUUUGGGUUCUCUGAUUUAAUGUUCUCUUCGCGCAUGUGUUUCUUGAUGUUGUUUUCCUCUUAUGGAGUUGGGAGGCGGCUGCCCCAUGGUGGCAUUGGCUUUUUUUGGGAAUCAAAGCCUUAUGGGGAGAAAUCUAAAUCUCUGUUUUAUAUGUAAAGUGUUUUGAUAUAGUGUUGAUAUUGUACAUGCAGAUGUUGUGAUGAAACGUUUGCACUUAAAAUUUCGGGGUUCCUGUUGUAUUGGAUUCUGUCGCUUUUCUAUGACUCAGAUUUCCUCUUUGAUGACACAUUGUUGUCGUUUGCUUACUGAGAAAUGUAUUUUUUCCCAAAGGGAGGAUACGAUUAUGCACUUAGUAUUUUAUACCACAAAAAAGAGUUAAAUUUAAUCUUCUACAUAUCAAAUAAUUGACAAUGAUUGGAAUUAGGCACGACCACAAAUAUUUAUUUAUUUGAAUUUAUAGUCAAGCCCAAUAGAAUUGGUCGCUUAAAUUGCAUUUUUGCAUUAACUCUAUGAAAUAGCUCAAUAAUGACCUUAAAGUCCAUUUAAAACUUUCCUCCAUUAAGUCAUCUUAAACUUGUCAUUUGAAUAGUUCUUCAUUUGUAUCUUCUGAUGAUGUUUUUCCUUCAACUUACCUUGAAAUGUAAGAUCUUGUUUUAAAAAGAAAUGACCCAGUUCUUGCUUCGUUCUGUCAAGUUCUCUAUUUGUUUGAUGCUUUUUCAAAUGUUUACAAGCUACUGUCUUAAGUGGCAUAUUGAUGUGUGAGAGGUGUAGAGGAAGUGUUUAUAAUGAAAGAGAUAGGUGAGACCAAUAAUAAAAGAUCUCAAGCUAA